GCUAAAGAGUUUAGAGAUGUUUUAUGUUCAGUAUGUUUUCGACAGUAUAUUUUGGAAUUGAAUUUGCCCAAGUUGGUCAUGUUGAUAGUUACAUACAAACAUUUCAUAACCUAAGUGCGGUCGGCUCUUCUAUUUUGUUAUUGUUCAAUUAAAAAACGAAAAAUGCGUUUAACGAACAAAUUAUAUGCACAGCAUAUUGGAUGGCACUUCAAGAAGCACUGGCAGGUUCAGGGCCGGCGUGUGCCAAAGGACACAGGCGCAGCUGCUGAACUGUUAAAAAUGGGAGUUCAAGUGAAGACGUCGGAAGAUGUGUUAAACCCAAAAACCGAACCAAAACUCGUUGAGAUUGUUGGUGCGUCUCUUAAGCCAAUUCCUGAAGAUGAAACACAUCCCAAUUGGCAUUCAACUGCUUGUCAUCUCUUUGGCGACAGCAAUGUAUUGCUUGGAGGAUUGCCGCAAGCCCAAGUUCUGACCAACAGCAUUGAGAUCAAUGAGUUUCCCCGCCAAAUCGACGAGGCUAUCUUCAACGCUCAGCUUCCGAAGACCCUUGAUCGUAGUGUUCAGAAUGCCAUAUUCUCGUCGCAAUUGUUGGAUGCACAGCAAGUGAAGUUGCCAAAGAUUAAGUUGGCUGAUCGUCCAGCAUAUAAUUUGCCUCGCCUAUAUGGAAUAUCUCAAGAAAGGCGCAAUCGCCUUUUAAUGAACAAACUUUUGUUCGAAAUCGAGAAAUUGGCAGGUCGUUCUGUGACUGUCCGACGCAAGCUGAUUGAUAAUGUGACAUUUCAAACAUCUUUAAUUAAGGACAACGAUGUGCUGGUAUUUAAAAUAAGUGGAGACAAAUUAAUAAGCUCAGCCCGUCCUCUAGAUGCUAUUAAAGGAAAAUUUAAUGGUGAUUUGCCAGAUCUGUAUCCGAUGAAGUCCACAGUAUCAAUGCCUAAGCAACACAUUUACACGGAAAACACUUUUUAUCCCAUUCGAAAGGACAUCACCUUUUCACACCCACAUACGAUAUUCACGUACUUUGAUAAGACUAUUGUUGGCAAUGUGCACGGAUCCGAAGUCUCGAAAACUCAAUUCUACGGACGAUCUUUGUUGAAGGCGUUUGUAGUUGCAGCUUCUCGUGCUAAGCAAUUGGGAGAUGUUCCUGCGAAUGGUGUUCUUCAAAAACCAAUUGUAGUACAGUGCAUUCAGACGGACGGGCAAGAAUUCCAUUUUGGAGUGCUGCAACUAAACACACUUAAUCUGAGCACUGAUAGUGCUACUAAAAACUAUUGGUUCCAUCGGCCAAGUGUGGAGUUGUUCAGUGAAUGUAGCUAUCAAACUGGAAGACCGUACCUUGGUGGAUAUAACAGUGAAGCUUUCCGUAUUUUGAACGCAUUCUAUAAUAAUUUUUAAUGUUGCAAUUUAACAAUAAAGUUGAGUAUGUUUGGAUAUUUAAUAUAA